CCUGGUCCCCUGUGCGUGGGUUCCAAGAGGUGCCAUCGUCAACGCUAGUCUCUCCAAAGAAUGUGACCCUGUCAUCAACGCCGCCCAGCGCAACACCACGCCUCCUGAGUGAGCCAAGUUGGGCCCAAUUUGUAGGGGAGGCCCUUGGUUCCUGUCUAAAGUGAGACUGGGAUUACUGAAACUCCCGCGUUUCUGCAUGGCUCAAAGAAAGAAUACGAUAUUCGCGAACACAGUAAAAACCCUUUUGGUGCGCUGAUCGACGAGACCGCUACUUGGAAGAGGCACUUUUGCAGAGCCGAUCAGCACGCACGUAAUGAACCAUCAGUGCUCUACAUGCCGCGAAACUUCAACCGUUCGACCCAAAGCUUCUGGCGCCCUGUCACGCGCAAGGCUCCGCUUCCAUUAGUUUGCGUCCUGGGUUGGUACUAACCCCAUCCGCGCUUGAUCGGCUGGUGGCAUUUGCAGCUUUGGUACUAAAUUGCCUAGUGGGUACGCUCACUGAAUCCUACAACCACUUUUACAUUUUCCUCGCCAGUUCCUGCUUCUCUUCAAUCCUUCCAAGUCUGUCUUAUUCUCAAUCUGCUACAUCGAGGCUUUGGAAGUCGGACUUCAGCGCGACAAAGCCACCAGCUCCUCCCUGUAUAUCGCAGCCACUACAGUAGCAUACCCCCUCAUCGACAGCAAGCCCAUUCCCACUCUGGGGGAGCCACUCUCGCUGAGACAUUCUUCGGACGACCUCGUUUGCCUCUUUAAGCCCCCAACACCGCGCCUCCUCCUUAUUUGCCAUGAAGAAAGAGAGCCUGUAAGAAACCAACAGACGACGAUACAGUACCCUCGACACGCAAAGUGUCUAUUAGCUGGGCGAAAUGGGUAAAUUUACGUUUACCAAGAGCCGGCGAAAGGACCUUGCUGAACUCAACAUCCCCCAACCUAUGAUGAGCAAAGCGCACAAGAUUCUUGGCUCGACCCCGAUCAAUAUCGACUCUCCACGACUUUGGGAUGAUGGCUCGUCCAGUCUUAGUGCGACAACAUCUGACAGCACGACACCAAGCUAUGACGACGACGACAACCAUCACGUCGCGAUCGCACACUCCGAUGUCGACUGGUCUGAAGAUCGAGAUGUCCUGCCUGGCCUUCUAAGUGACGAAGCAAGAAGUCGCCAACACGUCCACGGAGUUCUUCGUAAAAGCCAAUCAUCAUCAACUAUCAAGUCGUGGUACACAAAUAGCAAUCCUCUGGCACAGCAUGCCCCAUUGGCGGCGGCGGGUCCCCCUUCUAUGCAUACUGAUGCCCUUGGCAUCAAAAGCAAAAAGAAACCGGCCACUCUGGAUUUCUCGCACAGCCUGCAGAAUUCUAGAAAGGGGUCACUACCACAGCUACGCACAGAUGGCCUGUUGACGAGCAUCACUAGUCAACCCAACAAAUCUCCUUCUAUAUUCUCGAUGAGAACCCCUACGCUUGAUAAAUAUCGCGAACCUCGCAAAAUUAAGAAGCGGAGCAUAAAAGAUUCACCGCAAUCGCCGUAUGAGAUGCAACGACCCAACACUGCCGGUAGCAGAGCUGGCACCUCCUCGUCAAGAGAGGUGCCUAACCUUUACGAUCACUAUGAACAGAUGACCUUCCGAACCAUCAUCCAGGAAGAAUACGGUGCAGACGAAGAAGACGACGAGACCCAGAGAUCUGGUUCUAUUAGCACAAGUAGCUCAUCCGAAAAGACUACUAGCAGAGGCUCACCGAAAUCGUUUCCGGAGCCACCCCGCACCGUCCCUUUUCGAAACAGCUCGGCUUUCGCCAACGGCGCAGGGCCCAUGCUGGUGCCUGCCACUUUCUCGCCCAACCCUGCCUCGAUAUCCAGUCCUCAGAGCCAAUCCUCGCGGUCCUCUCCACGAGGAUUUGGUUCGGUUAACCUUCAAGAGCAGAGCGUACUCAUGCUCUCCGACUCCGAGUCUGAAGAUGAGUACACACCACCAGCUCCAGCCCAACCGCCCGCAACCUUGCACCACCAGUCUAGUGUCUCCAGCAGGUCACCUACAAAACCAAGGCAGCCUUCUCAGCCUCGCGGACAGAGCUCGCCUGAACAAGCCAAGACUAAUAGGUCUAGCAAACGCACUAGCUUUGCCCCUUCCAACACAUAUAUCACAAUUCCGAAUGGCAAUGACCAUCCCGAGGACACGACUCUGACACCGCCGUUGGAUUCUCGUUCCAGUACGCCGUCGCAGAUGUCUAUGCACCGAAUGUCUGUUGCGUCAGAUAUUUCAACAACCUCUACCUCUAUCCAAGAAGCUCGCGCCGUACGUAUGCAGCCUGCACUCCGUAGCUCGCGGAUUAAUAUCCCGGCAUCCGCUAUCCAACGCCAAACGAUCGACGAACAUGACGCUAUGGGUCAUAUCUAUGACAGAGAAGAUCAAUCUGGCGAACAGUUGACACCCCCAGUCAGCCCAACAUCUAUCGAAUUUUACAUUCGCUCGGCACAUUCAUCCAUUGACGGUCCUGGUAGCGCAGCCCGCUUUAUAGCUGCGACAAGAAGGUCCGAGUUGAUGAAGCCUAUCCUUCGAUAUCAAGAGAAGAUGGACGAGCAAACUCCGCAAAGCCAUACCAGCACUGGCCAAGACAAUAGCCCGUUAUCGCCUGAUAGUAGCGAAGCCAAUGUAGCCGAGUCGGAAACCCAUUUUGAUUUUGAUUUCCCGGCUCCUCCUUCAGCUCGAACCUCAACCACUGGUCAGCGCACAUCUCAUCGAUAUACCCUGACGGAGAGCAUUGGUGGUGGCAGCCAGCGCUCCUCGCAAGUCCCUUUGAAGAGUAUUUUGAAGAAGUCUAGCGUCUCUACUGUCGACUUCGAUCCAGCGGAGGACAUCAAUGGGCAGGAACCAGAGCCCAUCAAUUACGAAGAUGACGAGCCAAGCCCCGAUGCUAGUGACUUCCAAGAGUUUAGCUAUCUCACAGGGGGACUUCUUUCCCCAGAUAUGGCGGACGACUACAUCCUACCAGCAGUUACUUACAACCCAAAUGCGCUGUUCACUAAUCGCGCCCCUACUACAACUACACCGGCAUCCGGUGCGUCCGACACACCUACAAGCGUGCCAGCUGCUAGGCGCGAAUCUUCGCCUAAAGCCAUUCCUAUGAUGGAGUCCGUUGCGGAAGUUGAUGAGAAUGAAGUGGCCGAGUCUGAUGUUCCACGACCUGACAGCCCCAUUUCUCCAGAUGGAUUUGCUGAAGAAGGUCCGUCUCGAUCGAGAUUGGGCAGCAUAGCAAGACUGAGCGCUGUUGGCUCUCUGCCUCCAAAUGAACCAGGCUGGUGGGGCGAGAAUGAUUAAGCUCAACGACCAUGCUGUUUUAUAUGUCUGGCAUACUGUAUUAUUUCUGUGUUUCUUUUUUUGUCUUUUUAUAAUGAACUUGGGUACACCAAUGAACGUUCCAUACUCGGAAGCAGCGUCCGAGAUCUAGGAAUGACGACGGGCGUUUUCGAGCGAGGCAUUCGAGCCUAUACUACUGACGAUAUCUGCAUUUUCCUUUAUAUUCAGAAUACCCCGGGCCUGAAAGUCCUUUCUCCCGAGAAUACACGAGUUCUCUGAUAGAAGAGGCUCAACUGAUUAAAUAAUACGUUUUUCUCACUUU